GGAGGUUUUUGUUACCAGGAAGUGGGUCGUGUUAUUUAUAUUUCAGCAGAGUGGAGGAGCGAGGCUGAAACAGGACACCUGGACGACAUCCCACAAUCCACUGCACUCACCUGAGGAUGGACAGAGACGGACACACAGCACCUCGCAGCGCACGGCGGGGGCUCUGAGGGGCACAUAAGUUUUAAAGCUGGUGCCUUCUGCACUCGGUGUCUGGCUCCACUCCAGGGGGCGCUGUGAUGAAGAUCCAUGAGAAGAUUCUGACGUACUACCUGUCCUGUACUUCACCUGUAGAUAAAGAGGGGUAUCUGUACAAAAAGAGAGAGCGGAACACCUCCUACCUGCGCCGCUGGUUCGUUCUGAAGGGGAACCUGCUGUUCUAUCAGGAGCGUCCUGCUGACCGCAGCCUGCUGGGGGUCAUCGUUCUGGAGGGCUGUGCAGUGCAGGCCGGAGAUCCAGAAGGACUGUUCUCCUUCUCUUUGGUGUUCGCCGGGCCCGGCCUGCGCACCUACAGACUCGCCGCCGAGGACCACCUGAGCCAGGAGAGCUGGGUCAGCGCCCUGCUGACCGCCAGCCACGUCUACACCUCACUGCUGGUCAAAGACCUAGAGAGGCUGUACGAAGAAGCUAAACAGGAGAAAAACCUCAGUGACUCCUCCCACUCCCCCACUGUGAUUGGUUCAUGCGUUAAGGCCUCGGGCACUGCCAUGGCCUCCUUUAACACCGGCCCACCCUUCUUCAUCCAGAGACCCCCAGCUUUACCCAGAGAGAGGAGAAGCUACAGCGCGAGCGCCGCGCUGCAGGCCCACGCCAUGCCAGCCCCCCUCAAACCUGCUAACAAGAGAUCCCCCAAACUCUGGCCAAAGAGGAACGCCCACGUUACGCCUCUGAACGGCCCCGCCCCUCCCCACGGGGAGUGGCCUUUAGUCUGCUUUGAUCCGCUGGAGGAGUUCAGUCGACUGCACGAGUAUUAUGGAAAUGAAGUGAAGCAGCUGAGAGCUGAUUGGCUGAGGAGCAAACGGGAGAAAGAGGGACAUGUUGAAGAGGAUCUGAUUGAUUUGGGCUAAAAUGUCUCCUUAUUCCACAAAUAUCUGCUGCCUUAUUUGCUUUGAAAGGAAAGUUUGACAACCCCUUUAAAUUUACUCCCCCUCCCCCAGCCCAAAUGUAGUAAAUCAGUCAAGAUGUAGAUAUUAUGGGAUGCAUUUUCAGAAACGUCCAAACUCUGAAAUCAGUUUAAUACCCACUACAACUUCAGUACGGACUGAAUUUAGUUCAGUAGCUAUUCCAGAAUAACAGUACCUUCAUAAUCUCCUCAUGAACUCCAGAUAAGAAAACAGCAUCACACAAACAUCCUAACCAGACUAAACCUCCUAAAUCCUGUCCUAACUUUAGGAUGAACCCCAACAGGGUCCUCACUUCUGCUCUAUUCAAAAGCACAUCGCUCUUAGGCGACUGUGGCAUGAAGACCCAGCCACAGAAGCUUUUCCAAGUACGUAUCUGAAUGCUCAAAAAACAGAGAGCAGUGAUUUAGUUAGUUCUAUUUGAUCUGUAUUAAAUUGAAAACAUUACAAAAACACAAUAUUUGAUGUUUUACCUCAUCAUUUCUACUGGUUUUCUGUGAAUAUAUGCUCAUUCCAAAUUUGAUGCAACAACACGUUCCAUGAUUACCGCUGUGUUACAUCAGCUUCCCCUUUAACAUCACUAAAUAAACGGCCUGAAGAAACAAACUGAUCAAGCAGAAUUUUUUCAAUUCUUCUGUUAUCUGAGUCUUCAGCUGUGCAGCCGUUCAGGACCUUCACUGCAUUAUUAUGAACUUCAUAAUUUGCCACACGUUUUCAGUGGGAGGCAGUUCUGGACUGCAGGCGGGUCAGACUAGCGCCAGCACUCUCUGACUACGCAGCCAUGCUGUUGUAACAAGAGCAGGAUGUUUCUUGGUGAUGUCAUGUUGAAAUAACCAUGGACGUCUCUGAAAAAGACGGCGUCUAAAAGGCAGCGCAUUCACUCCAAAAUCAAUCAACUUUAUUUAAACUCGGAAUACAUUGAGGGAGACCCUCAUUUACAAUGUAGCCAAGUAAUACAGGAAUCAGGGACUGAGAAGUUGUACAGUAAAAAAUAAAUCAAAUGCUGUAAUUAAAUAAUAAAAAUCAUAAAAGUAAAAUUUAAUAAUUAGAAGGUACCAAUAAACUGUUGAAUCAAUAAAUGAUUAAAAUUACAAUGUAACAAUUUAUCAAGUAACAGAGCAGAUAAGGAUAAACUAAAUAAAAACAAUUUAAUGAAAUAAAAGAAAUAGAUGUAAGACAAUA